GUCCUCUAGUUGGUUAUGUCGAUGGCGAAAAAGAUAAAAAUGAUGGUGAUUACACUGAAGGGAACGAGAAAGACCGAUCAUCAUUUUCAGUAGAGAAAAGCACUGGUUCAAGACAAGCUCAUAAUAAUUCGAAACGGAAAUUGGGCAAUCAAUCAGAUUAUACAUAUUACGAGGGGUUGGCACUCUUGUUCGACGAAUCAAACGAAGAAGCCCUUAUGGAAAGCAUUGACGAGAAAACUCUUGCUGAAGAGGACAAAUUACCAUUAAUGGGAGAAGAGGGUCGGUCACAAUAUAUGCGUGAAGACGUGGUGGAAGCUUUCCGAAAAUAUCAAAGCAGAAUUCCCAAAACCCGCCAAGCAUAUACCCCUGCAUAUUGGGGAGUGUUCGAUUUAACAAAAGAGAGCUUAUACGGAUGCAAGGAAUUUACCGAAGAUGAUUUACAGCAAUUAUCUCAGGAUUUUGCUGACCACAUAAAGUGGAAACCCGAGUUUGUCACAAAGAAUGUCGGAGAUUACUUUGACAGUAAUUGUGAAAAGGUUGAUAAUGAUCAAGAACUCAGAAAAUUUGAUAGACACAUUCAGUUUAUGAAAGUUAAUAUGAAUUCGUUUCAACAAAUGCUUCCUGAGGAACAACUAAAAAUGACGUCAUCCUUUCCACUAUUCCAUGGGGUAUUCAAUUCAAGUCUCUGGGGAGAAACUCAGGCUCUUUCGACAAAUGAUGCGCGAAAUGAAAAAGUUAAUCCGUUCAUAAAAGCACGCAUGGGAAGGAAAGUAGAUAUGAAAGCAACCUUAGUCAUGACAUCAAAUAAAUUCGAAGUUAUUUACGGGGAAGUUGCGGGCGGUUUAGGACCGUUAGGAAUUCCCAUGGCUUGUCGAAAAAAGCGGUUUUUGGACAAAGUAAAGUUAAUGAUAAUAAUGCGUGACUCUAUCGAUCGUUUGUUAAACGAAU